AUGAGAGUCGAGGAUGAAUCUGGAAAAGAACCUGUGAGUGAUAGAAGAAAUGUCGACGAAAAGAACUUCAAAAAGUCGAAAUCUCUGAAAGUAGAUGGAAAAGGAACGAAAGAGAAAUUGGGAAAAGAGAGAUCAAAGGAAAUUGAAGAAAUGCCGCCGACUGCAAAUUCUGCGAAAUCUCCGGCGCUCCAAAAGAAGAAAGCGAAGGCAAUGGCACCCCCGAAAACCAGCCAAACACCGUCAAUGACUCCGUUGGUUUCAAGUACAGCACAGAGUUCGAAAGGGUCGAAUGAGGAUGGAAAGGGACCAGCAUUAACACCAAAUCCAGAUGUUCCACCUGAUAAGAAAAGUAAAAUAAUGGGAGUGAUGGAUACCAGUGUUGAAACAAAAACGGCCGUUGGAAUUGCGAAAAAACCGAAAAAAGAGAAAAAAUUGAAUAGGAAAACUCAUUUGAUUUCACAUGUCAGGCCGGUCGAAACCGGCGAGUUCACCUAUUUAACGGACCCAACUCGAUAUCGUUUCCGAUCAACUCCUCCACUGGAACUUGUAAUCCAAUUUGUCUUUCCAUCACUUUUGCUACUUGCAGUUAUGCUUGCAACUGUCUCAUGCAUUAUUUUUUUGACAAAAGAAUACAGUGUUGAAAUGGAAUUCGACGAUAUGAGCUCAGUAACACUCUCUAAAUACGACAGUUAUCUUGUUGUGAAUUCCAUUCACGACUACUUGAAUAACGAGACAAUUCUUCGAGAAUACAACUGCCCUGGAUUGAUUCAAGAUCGUUGGAAACCUCUGGAAGAACAGGAAUUUGCAUUUAUAAGGGUAGGAGGAAGAAAAGUGAAGAAGGGAAUGAAGGCGUUAACUUAUAGAUGGAUUCCACAAGUCGAAGCAGUCAUGAAUAUGAACUUUGAAUGUCCUCCAAGUGCAAUUCUUGAACUGGAAUAA